UUGAAAGUAGAAUAUGUAUGUAAUAUAAUUAACAAACGCUCAUGUUUAUGCAGAUAAUUCGUAUCUUGUUGUUUUCAUCGUUUUCAUUUGCAUUUCAACUGUUUAAACAAAAGCUAUAAUGAUUUCCAUUUGUUGCUCGAUUGUAAAGCACCAAAAUGUGCUUGCAAGAGUACAUGGAAGAUUAUUUUCUCAAAAUUGGGGGCUUCUUCAAAAAGAGCAGAGUCAAAAUCAUGAAAAUAUUGUGCCAGGACCCAGACCCUUGACAGAAUUGUCUGAAGAUGAGCUGGUGAUGAAAGAAACUGUGAAAAAGCUUGCAGUGGAGCAAAUUGGACCAUAUGUGAGAAAAAUGGAAAAAGAGGGGCAGAUACAGCAGUCUGUACUGGAUAUGUUGUUUCAGAAUGGAAUAAUGGGCAUAGAAAUAUCUGAAAAGUUUGGUGGAUCAGGCUGUAACUUCAUGACAAGUAUUUUGGCAGUGGAAGAAAUUUCUAAAGUCGACCCUUCUGUUGCUAUUUUGGUGGAUAUUCAGAACACUUUGGUAAAUAGUGUUAUCACGAAAUUGGGAACUGAAGAACAAAGAAAUAAAUAUUUACCAAAACUUGCAACGAACACGGCCAGUAGUUUUUGUUUAACUGAGCCAACAUCGGGUUCAGAUGCUUUUGCAUUAAAAACUAUUGCAAAGAAGGAUGGUUCAGACUACAUCAUAAACGGCACAAAAAUGUGGAUCUCAAAUUCAGACAUUGCAGGAAUAUUUCUGGUCAUGGCAAACGUCAAUCCUGCAGCAGGCUACAAAGGGAUAACGUGUUUCAUAGUCGAAAGGGACACUCCUGGCCUUACAAUAGGGAAGAAAGAGAGCAAAUUAGGCCUCUGUGCCUCAGGCACUUGUGUAGUGAACUUUGAUAACGUCAGAGUUCCUGAAAAAUCGAUCCUGGGGGAAGUUGGGAAAGGCUAUAGAAUUGCAGCAGGAUUUUUAAACGAAGGACGAGUAGGAAUUGCAGCCCAAAUGCUGGGGAUAGCUCAAGGGUGUUUUGACGCCACCCUGCCGUACACCCUGGAGCGGUCUCAGUUUGGAAAAUCGAUCUUUAGUUUCCAGUCUAUGCAACAUCAAAUAGCCCAAGUGGCGACUCAAAUUGAAUGCGCUCGUCUUCUUACCUACAAUGCAGCUAGAUUGGUCGAAUCUGGUCAGCCCUUUCUUAAACAGGCGUCCAUGGCAAAGUAUUUCGCGGCCGAAGUGGCACAAAUGACCACAAUAAAAUGUAUAGACUGGAUGGGCGGGGUGGGUUUUAGUAAGGACUUCAUCCAGGAAAAGUUUUACAGAGACUGCAAAAUAGGUAGCAUCUAUGAGGGUACCACCAAUAUGCAACUAAACACUAUAGCUAAGCAAAUUGAAAAGGAAUACAGUAAGUAAUAAUACAAAAGGUCUUUUGUGAUGUGAUUUUUUAUUGUUUUUUAUCAAUUCAGUUACUGAUAAGGGGAAAUGUGUAUUAAAUGUUUCAAGUUGAAAUGUGUGUUAAAUGCUUUUGAUAAAGAUAUUGUACAAGAGUUUAAUACGUAAAAUAUACUUUUUUAUAACAUAGGUA